GUGGUGGAGCGUCUCCUCUGCCUCCCGGUUGAUUACUGGGCUCAGUUUGUUUCGGUGGGAUGUGGAACUCCCAACCGGGACCACCUGAUCAUCGAGAAUGCAAACUGCUACGCCACCCCCGAGAGAAUGAGCAUGCUGGGACCUCUGAACACUCCGGACCACCAGCUCAAUAAAACCCCGUCCUCCAGCUCUCUGGGGCAACGCAUGAAGUCUUCCCUGACCCCCAGAUUCGGGAGCAAGACAAAGUCGGCGGUCGGGUUUAAUCGCCCGGGGAAGUUCUUUGCAUCUCCGUCCCUGAAAUAAUCCAACGAAGAAGACCCACUUGACCUUUUGUUCACUCUGCAAUAACAACCUCUUCCCCUCCAUGCUUAACACAUAACACGCUCCAAAAAAAAGGAAAGCUUCCAAGUUGGCUUCACAACCGUUUGAAUAUUUCACAAUAGUUACGAGUGUGUUGAUGAUUUGACAUGUUUGUAAAGGAUGCCUUUUUUAAAAACCAAAUAGAUGUUUGCACACGUGUCUUUAGAGCUUCUGCUGAAUGUGUAACGAGACCUUUUACUCCUUUUUAACGUGUGUUUUAUAUAUCACUCUUUUUGAAAAUAUCUGCUGUAUGUGCACGCUUUGAUUGUGGCCUGCUUUAAAUUCAACUCAUGUGUCACUCAGAAGUUGAAGAACGGGAUUUUUUUUUAAGGCAUUUCAUUGCAGGUUGUAAUCAAAGGUGUGGUGAGGUGGCCAGUAUCGCUUAUCUUUUACGCUUUUUCAGUGUAUGUAUUUUACUUUCUAUUGAGUUUUACGGUGGUCGACGGGUGCUAACGUGCUAACGUGCUACAGCGACACCACACUCUUCCAUCGGGAGAAUUGAUGCAGAUAUAGAAACACAAAUGUCCCUCAUGAAGAAACACCUCCAGCAACUUGACAUCACGUGCAGCUUUGAGAGAACAUUCAGCAACUUGAGGAGACAUGCGCUGCAAGAAGCUCAAAACACGUCACUGUUUAGUGUCCCCUGGUCUCCCAGCUGUGUGCGUCACU